AUGGGGGAUCUCAUUUUUGUAAUGCCCAGCUUGCUAAGGUGGCUGCAUCGUAUCCCCCACAAGCGAAUGGUAGCUGAAGUUUCCAACUGGGAAAUUAAGAGGAUAUUAGAGAAGAAAGUUGCUUUUUCACGAAAAGAUUGGUCACAAAAACUAGAUGAUGCUCUUUGGGCGUACAAGACAACUAUGAAGACUUCCAUGGGGUUAUCACCUUUUCAGAUGGUAUAUGGGAAAGCAUGUCACUUGCCAGUAGAGAUGGAACAUAAAGCUUUGUGGGGUUUGAAAUUUUUAAAUUUUGAUCCUCAUGAAAUUCAAAGCAAGCGAAGAAAUCAGUUGUUAGAGCUUGAAGAGAUGCGGUUACAUGCAUAUGACUCAUCUAGGCGUUAUAAAGAGAAGGUGAAAUUUUAUCAUGAUAAAAAGCUGAUAAAGAUAGUCUUCACUCCAGGAUAG